CAUCUCCAACCUGUGGGUCUCAACCCCAACUUCUCAACUUGUUCUACUCACUACAAUCUUGACAAAAAAUGCCAACCAUUGUCCUUUGUAAUUUUCUCUAUGUACUUUCUCUUUUCAGCCUACCUGAAACCCUUCUUCUGAUCCAGCUUCCUAUUCAGGAAAGAUAAGUAGUCCAUUAUGUUUUUGAUUUCUUAGUCCAAUACCAUCUUUCAUCAGUAUUAAACCCUUCUUUUACACGUACAAAUUUCUCCAAAAAAAUCUAUUUUCUGAUAACUGAACUGCUUUGAUUAAAAUCUCUCCGGAUAGUUCAACAUGAAAUUACUAGGUUGGAUGCACUCUAAACUAAAGCAAAAAGGCAAUGAGCCAGCAAAUAAUACUAUCAUAGCAGAAAAUUCCAUUACAUCUUUCUCAGUUUACAAGGAAGUUAAAAGCAAUGGAGCAGAAAUGGAACCAUUUGAUGAACUCUUUCCUGGCUUUUUGGCAAUUGGAACUCUGGGAAAUUAUCAGACAACUAAUACUGAUCCUCCAACUCCAACUUUUCCAAUGCCGUUUGAUCAUGGUGAAACAGACAUAACAGAGAAAGAACUGAAAUUCAUAAAUGAUGAGCUUGAGAAGUAUCUUGAAGAGAAAGUGAAUAAAGUUGCUUAUGAAUCAUCAGAAAGCAUCAUUACCCUCAGUGAAAAUCACAUUGAAACAGGAGCUACUGAAUGCUAUAGAAAUAUGGAAGAAUACCCUCUUCAGAAAUAUCUCUUAGGCUCUUCAAUUGAAUUGCCGGAGAUAGAAGCAGAGGUACAACAACAAAAAGGAUUCAUAGAAGAGCUUUUUACGCCGAAAAACAUAGUCCAAGAAGGUCAUGUGGGAAAUCAUGAUGGAAAAGUGAAAAAACAAGCCAAGAGAAAACAUGCCGUGGAUUUCAUGAAGAAGAUGCUGCAGAACCUGCAGUGCAAAUCAAAGGGCUCUACUACAGAACAUUCUAAAGGAAAUGUCAAUGGAUCUGUUUCAAGCAAGAGAAAACUCCCUCAGGUCCUUAAAAUGUUCAAAAGGAAAGUUCAUCCUGAGGGAUUAAUGAAUGAGAACAUACCACAAGAUAAUGAGACAAGCAAUAUUUCAUGCAAGACUAAUAAUCUGGGAGCAAAUAGUGAAGUGAACAAAAAAAAUUCUCCUGCUGCCGCUCCAAAGAAGGAACUGAAUGCCUUAACAGUAAACAGAGAGCACUGGAUUAAGACAGAUAGUGACUAUUUGGUGCUGGAGCUGUAGAUGGGUAACACGUUCAAGAAAGAGUAUAUAAUACAGAAGCUUUGUGUACAUGUGCAACAAAAUAGUAUAAUAUAAAGAGUAAAUGAGUAUUUCCUUCUUUGUAACUGUGCUACUGAAGUAUUGUCUUUAUUCAUUAAGUUUGGUGAAUUGUUGAGAUAGUAUUGUCUGCUAAGUUUUUUUUUACUCUUCAAAGCACUGAAAUUCUUGAAUGAUAUGUGAAGAUUCAAUG